AUGAUGAACACCUCUUGCACCAGCCUCCUAUCCCGUGAGGAACAAUCCAAGAGGAUUAGGACUUGCCCCAUCGACGAGCCCGCAGACGACGAGUUUGCUCCACCGCCGGGCUACGACGUGCAAGACAGGUUCGCCCUGCUUCCUGACGACUUGCUGGUCAUUAUCCUCUCCAAGGUGGCAUAUGGAGCGUCCAAACCAGCAGACCUUGCCAAUGCAAUCAUGACAUUCAGCAGAUUUAGAGACCUUUGUCUCAGCCCUGCUGUUCUGAAGAAUGCAUCUGCUAACUGCAUCGCAGUCAGCGCUAAGAAUUGGAGUGUCCAAGCCAAAAAAUUCCUUCAGACCUGCGCCGACUCAGGAAACACGGGAGCAUCAUACCUCCUAGGCAUGAUACUCUUCUACUGCAUUGGAGACUACGAAGCCGGCGCCAAUCUCAUUGCUGAUGCAGCUAUUGGUGGCAACUGCUACGCGCUCUACUCGCUUGCAGUAAUCAUGUUCAACGGAAGUGGUGGCACCAGGGAGGACCGCAACUUACUUGCUGGCGCUGGUCUUUGCUCACGCGCUGCCAGUCUAGGACAUCUGGAAGCUCUUCGCGAGCUAGGCUUCUGCCUAAUAGAUGGAUUCGGCCUUAGUCGCUCUGUCAUGAACGGCCGACGUCUUCUUCUGCAAGCAACAGCAUGGGAUCUACAUUCUUCAGGAGGCACGUUGACAUGCUCGACGUGCACCAGAACCAACGACCCCAACCGGCAUGCUUGCAUUCUAACACAAAUUUGCCUUUGCCCACGCGCAGCAUCUGUUGCUCGUGGUUCAGACAGAGCUCACCCCUUCCUGUGUGAUUGGUUCGCAGCAAGGAACAUUCAGAGAGGUCAAUCUCCGGACAACGGUGAGGCAAUCGUCCCCCAGCUUCUGCUCUGCUCCAACUUUGGAUGCGGCCGAAGGGAGACCAGAUGCCAGGAGUUUCGCUCGUGCUCCCAAUGCAGCGAGUCUUUCUACUGUUCGCGGGCUUGUCAGGCAGCGCACUGGAAGUCCGUCCACCGAGUCUCCUGCAGGGUGCUGGUACAGGCGGAUGCCGUAGUUGACCAAGAAAACGAAGACGACGCGGCCGAGGCAUUCGAUGUCUGA